AUGAGCUUGAGCGAUGGUGUGAUAAACCUAGAGUCAGGUUCGGAAACAGAAGAGAGUGAUGGCGUUAUUGUUGAACAAAGCACGAAUGGUGGAAAGUCACAGGUAAUCGAGAUUUCAUCAGACGAGGAGGUCACCGUGCCUCCGGAACCCGAAGAAGAGGUAGUUCACCUGAGUUCUGAAUCUCCACCAGCAACCAGCAAAGAAAAAGAGCAAGAUGAAGCCCCAAAAAAAUGCUCAACUGAAGAAUUGACUCCACAGCAGCAACUGCGAUUGAAACUAGCGGAAGCAGCUGAGAGACGGUUAAUUCAGAAGACUGAGCCCGAGGAAAUGCCUAAAAAGAGACAGAAAGUACGUUCUACCGAAAAAGAUGAGAGGUUAGAGGUAAGGCAUCAAACGAAACUUCUUCCAACCUCAAUUGAUGAUAGAUCAUCUCGGAUACGACUGAUUUCGAAUCCUGACUAUUGUGCCCAGUUUGGAGUUGUUGCCGACAAAGAUACCGUCACCUUAUCAGAUUUGGUUGGGUCCAAAGAUUUGAUCCGCACUUACCAGUUUAACAUGCUGAUUGACUUUGACUACCUUUCCAGGUUUGUCACCUCUAAAGACUGUGAAUUCACGCUCAUAAAUAAAAGCGAUGACGAUCACCUCCACGUUAAGGAUGAAUCAUGGGAGAGGUACAAAAUUCGUACUAUUGAUGUCUCAUCCAAGCUUCGCAAAUACGGUACUCAUCACACAAAAAUGAUGGUCAAUUUUUACAGAGACAACACAUGUCAAAUCGUUCUACAUACUAUGAAUUUGACUGAAGCUGAUCAUAAAAUACAAACUCAAAUGUGCUGGGUGUCACCCCAGUUGGAAAUGCACAAGGAUGUGAACGAUUGGUUUGACUUCAAUCAGCCUGAUUUAUCUUUGAUUGAUGAAACGGGAUUGGUUUUCAAACGUGAUUUUAUUGCUUACUUACUAAGCUAUGAAAACAAUGAUAUAAAUAAAUUAAUAGACCAGGUUGCCAAAUACGACUUCAACCCUAUUGACGUUGUUUUUGUUGCUUCUACACCUGGACAUUAUCAAUUCACUGACUGGAAUACACUAACAAAACCUUCCUCAAAACCUAUGUUUGGCUACGGCAGGCUAUGGCAAGUAAUACAUAUAUUGAAAUUGCAAAGCUUGAUGGGGAAGCUAGUUGGACAAGUUUCAACUAUUGCAGGGCCAUGCGAUAACUGGAAACGUAAUGUUUUUGUCCAUGUAUUGACUUCAUGCGUUGAAAAGGGAUACCCUAUCUCGAAAAAGGCGGAUUACAAGUACGUGGUUAAUAAAAACAAGGUGGAGCCUGUGAUUGUUUGGCCAACCGUCACUGAGAUUUUGAAGUCAUGUGCAGCUCCGUUAUCGGGGAUAGCGUUGCACCUCACAUCACGCGGGAAAUGGGCGGCAUACGAAAGACAGUUUCUAGAGAUCAAGAACAAUUUUCAUAAAUGGUCGUGUACCGAUGACCCCAAGUUGUCAAGAGCUGGAAGGUCUAAUCUUGCUCCACAUGUUAAAACUUACACUGUUACUGAGGACAACUUCAAAACGCUGAAAUGGUUUCUCAUGACAUCUGCCAACAUCUCCCAUCAGGCAUGGGGAAAACCAAAAGGUUACAAUACUAUUGAGUAUGAUAUCUGCUCCUUUGAGGCUGGAAUAUUUAUCGCUCCACAAUUAUUGAAGGUAAUGAGUAACGUAAAGGAAAAAGUUCAAAUUCUGGAGCCAACAUAUGGCAGAGAUAGCGUUAUCGACGAACAAUCUUUGAGCGGUAGUGUUUGUAAAAUAGGACUACGACUUCCGUACGACACCCCGCUCAAAAAGUACAAUGCUACAGAUAAAGCAUGGAGUCAGCCGGAUUCUGAUCAGUUUUUUUGA